AUAAUAAUAUACAAUAAUAACAAAUACCCAGGAAUAAUAAUAAUUGUAUAUUGUUUUUUAAAAUUAUAAUAUUGUAUAAUAUGUACAGGUACCGGAUGGAACGCUACAAUAUUAUUAACACAUUGGCGGACUGGCGUACAGAACACUGUAUUACAAUAACUAAUUGUAUACGCGUCGUGUAUUAUGUCGUAAUGUUUUAGACUUGUACAAUAUUACACGAGUAUUAUAAUACCCGAAUACGAGGAUUUUUGUUCGUAUUAUUAUUAUAAUAUUAUACCCGUAAAAUCGUACAUUGAAUACAAUAAUACAAACAGUACAACAUUGUACUCGCAUCAGCUGCUGUCGACGUAGCUUAUAGGUACUACCUAUACGAUGCAAACUGCAAAGCAGUCGUUUAAAGGCGUUUAAAUAAUAAACAACGUCGUAGUGUUCGCGGUAUACCUCGCUAUACGACCACGUUAUGUUCAUAACAUUAAUGUUAAGAUUGCACUCGUGUCGUGUAUGAAACACGGGAGACGGCACCGAGUUGCGGACAGAGUCCGAACGAUUAGAGUGACCAUCACACUCCGACACUCGGGCUCUGGCCUCUGACACUAUCAGUAUUCAGUACGACUUUUGCUGGUGAACCGGUACGCAUACAGCACCGUGCUCGCAGGAAUCAUGCGGGUCGUAAAAGAAAUUAUUGCAGCGCUGUUCCUCCUGUGCUCGUCGGCCACGUCCAGCACGGUAUUCGAGUGGUCGUUGGACUCGUCCCACUGGCGCUUCGCUAACAGGAAUACCAGUGUCUUUGGAACGGGCCGUGUGCCCGGUGGAGUGUUCGCCGACUUGCGAUCCAACGGCGUCCUGAACGAAGAUCCGUUGCGCCGGUACAACGACGUAGCAUACCGAUGGGUAUCCGAGGACGAUUGGAUUUACUCCGCGACUUUUAUAGUGAAUUCGAGUUCAGAAGCAUUCAAAAAAAAGUAUAUUAUUUUCGACGGAAUAGAUACAUUUAGUAAAAUUUAUUUGAAUAAAAAACUAAUCGGCUCAACGAAUAAUAUGUUUGUGAGGUACACUUUUUCGGUUGAAGAUUUUCUUAAAGAAGGGGAAAAUGUUCUAGAAGUCAUCAUUAAGUCACCUAUACGCAUGGCAAAUCAUUUUUUUAAUGAUUAUUCUAAUAAAAUCCCACCAUUUUGUGUCCCCAAAGAAUACAAUGGGGAAUGUCAUGUAAACUAUUUAAGAAAAAUGCAAAGUUCAUUUGGAUGGGAUUGGGGUCCUGCAUUCCCAUCUGUUGGGAUAUGGAAAAGCGUAAAAUUAAUAAUGUUUCAAGAACAUUUAUUAGAAGAUAUUAAAACUGAAACAAUUGCGGCUAAUGCUUCACAUUGGUUAUUAAAAACUGAUGUUUAUGUCAAAUGUUUUGAAAGUAUUUCUAAUGCUAAAUUUAAAUUAGCUUUGAAUACUGAAAAAAGUAUUUUAAGCAUAGAACAGGAUUGUUGUAACGAUAUAUGCGUUGAAAACGAAAUACACACUGCAAUUGAAUUAUAUGUGCCUACGACUGAUGUAAGCACUUGGUGGCCCAAUGGAUAUGGUGAACAGCCACUGUACAAUUUAAGUAUAGAAUUUAAAACUAAAAAUGAUGACGUUGAAUCAAGAACAAUUUCAAUAGGAUUCAGAACAGCCGAACUUAUCCAGAAACAAAUUGAUAAAAAUGAUCCAAGCUUGGGAUUAUCUUUUUAUUUUAAAAUAAAUGGUGUGGCAAUAUUUGCUAAAGGCACUAAUUACAUUCCGGCCAAUGUAUUUCCAGAGAAAAUGAAUGAUGAAAAUGUUAUAAGUAAUUUAUUAAUUGCAGCAAAACAAGUUCAUAUGAAUACUAUUCGUGUAUGGGGUGGUGGAGUAUACGAGAGUGAUGUAUUUUACAAAUUAUGUGAUAAGUUAGGUAUAAUGGUAUGGCAAGAUAUGAUGUUUGCUUGUAAUAUGUAUCCAGCAAAUCAUCAGUUUUUAGAAACAGUAGAGGUAGAAAUAAAACAACAAAUUAGAAGAUUACAACAUCAUCCCAGCAUAAUAUUAUGGGCAGGUAAUAAUGAAAACGAAGCUGCAUUAAGAGGCAAUUGGUAUGGAACAAGAAACAAUUAUUCCAUGUUUGCAUCGGAUUAUAUUGCACUAUAUGUCAACACUAUAAGAAAAAUAGUAACGGAGGAGGAUAGAACAAGAAAUUUUGUGGUGUCAAGUCCCACUAAUGGCUUAAAAUCUGAAGAAGAAAAUUAUAUAGCGGAAAAUCCAUAUAGUGCAUUAUACGGAGAUGUGCAUUACUAUAACUAUGAGGUUAAUAGUUGGAGCUCAAUUUUUUUUCCAUGGACUAGAUUUGCAUCAGAAUAUGGGUUACAGUCUCUCCCUGCAUAUCAGACUCUGCAAAAAGCAUUUGAUGUAAAUGAUUUAAUUAAUUUUCCCUCACCAGCGCUAAUUCACAGACAACAUCUACCUUUAGGAUACGGUUUCAUGUUGUAUCAAAUAGAAAUCAAUUUACCUGUACCACCAAAGCCUACUGUUAGUGAUUAUGUGUAUUUGAGUCAAAUUGUUCAAGCUAGGGCUAUGAGAAUACAAACAGAAUGGUAUCGAAAACAUAGAAAUACAUUAUUAAAAGAUGGUAGAGGCUUAACAAUGGGUGCAUUAUAUUGGCAGUUAAAUGAUGUAUGGCAAGCGCCAACUUGGUCAUCAAUAGAUUACGACCAACGAUGGAAAAUGUUACACUAUAGUGCAUUAGAUUUUUUCUCGCCAAUUAUCAUAGUUCCAGAAUUAGAAAUUUCAAAUAAUUUAACAAUGUAUGUUGUUUCUGAUAGUCUAGUGGAUUUGGAAGUCAUUUUUAAUGUGGAGGUAUAUAGCUGGAAAAGUAAUACACCACUCUCUACAUACAUAUCAGAUACUAUAUUAUUGAAAAAUAAUAGUGCCCAGUUAAUAUUAAACGAAAACUAUUUUAAUUGGUUAAAAGCAAUAACACAAAAAUGUGGUCAAAGCAAAGACCAACAGAUUCGAUCUUGUUUUUUGCACACAAAGCUAUAUUAUAAUAAUAUAAAUAUGACAGAGGCGUCUCCAUCAAAUUACCUGUUCCCUACCACAUUCAACAAAAUUAUUGGUUAUGAGACGCCUAAUAUAUCGGUGUCCAGAGUUUGGCAAGAAACUAAAAACCAAAUACAUGUUAAAUUGGAAUCAACAGGAAUAGGCUUGUUUGUUUGGCUAAAUGUCACUCAAAUAGAUGGUAACUUCAAUGAAAACGGAUUCGUUAUGUUAAACAAAACAAAAACUGUGAAAUAUACAUCAAACAAAGAUAUCUCAUUAAAACAAUUUAAUUUAGAAAUUGAACACCUUAGAACAAAAUUUAUAUAGAUUAAAAGUACAUCUCAAAAAAAAAUAUACAUUGUUUAGAAAUUAUUAUCCUUAUAUCAAAUUAUAUAAAUAUAAAUGAAAAAUAAAAUUGUCUUUUAUGGA